AUGUCUCCUAAUUCUCCAUCAUUUCUUUUCAUUGUCUUUUACAUUCUUCUUCUAUUUCAUAAUCUCCCCAACACUACUGCAGAAGCAAUCUUCAACUACUCGUCUUUCCCUCGUACAUCACCAAACAUAGUAUUCUCCGGGGACGCGUUCCCUUCACCCGAUAAUAUCAUUCAGCUCACAAAAAACCAAGUUGAUGGUACCUUAGUUAAUAGUUCCGGCCGUGCCGUUUAUUCCAUCCCCAUUCAAAUAUGGGAUGCUAAAACUCGAGUAGUUGCAGACUUUGUUACUCAUUUUGAAUUCAUCAUCAACGGAUUAGAUCAAGAUAAACAUGGAGAAGGUCUUGCAUUUUUCAUGGCGCCUGUCGGUUCUGAACUGCCGAUGAAUUCAAGUUCAGAAUGGUUGGGAUUGUUCAAUGCAUCUUCUGAUGGGUUAGCUUCAAACCAUCUUAUAGCAGUUGAAUACGAUACGUUCAAGAAUGAGUUUGAUCCUGAUGACAACCAUGUCGGUAUAGAUAUAAAUUCUAUUGUUUCCGCUACGAGUAUGAAAUGGCCAACUGAAAUGCGAGGUGGUAAAAGAGGAUCAACUUGGAUUGGAUACAACUCUACUACCAAAAGUUUAUAUGUUUACUUAACCUACACGCCAGGAGAAACAUAUAAAGGUGUUCCAAAUAUAACUUACCCUUUUGAUUUAACGACGGUUCUUCCAGAAACCGUGAUCGUAGGGUUUUCAGCAUCUACUGGUCCCUCAACGGAACUACAUCAAAUUCUAUCUUGGGAUUUUGUGACAAGUGCUGACCAAAGGAAAUCGUCGCGAAAGAAAACUACUGCUCUGGCCAUUGUUCUUGUUAUAGUUAUUGUUGUCUUCUUAGCUGUGUCAGCUUAUGUGACUGUUACGUAUAGAAACUGCUUGAAAAAGAAGAAACAAGGGAAGAAAGAGAUGUCGCUGGAUGCUUCAAUGGAAGACAAGUUUGUCAAAGGCACUGGACCGAGAAGGUUUACGUAUAAAGAACUUGUUUUAGCUACUAAUAGCUUCAGUGACGAUGGAAAGCUCGGUGAAGGAGGCUUUGGAUGCGUCUAUAAAGGUGUCUUGAAAGGUGAAGAUGAGAAAAAUGAAACUAUAGCAGUUAAGAGGAUAUCUAGAGGAUCAAGCCAAGGAAAGAAAGAAUACAUAUCAGAAGUCACAGUGAUUAGCCGUAUAAGACAUCGAAAUCUUGUCAGGUUGAUCGGUUGGUGUCACGAUUGCGGUGAGUUCCUGUUGGUUUAUGAGUACAUGCCUAAUGGAAGUCUGGAUUCCCAUCUUUUUGGAAAGGGAAGUCAUAUUCUUAGCUGGGCACUGAGAUACAAAAUAGCUCAAGGGCUUGCUUCAGCUUUACUAUAUUUACACGAAGAAUGGGAACAAUGUGUAGUACAUAGAGACAUCAAAUCAAGUAAUGUGAUGUUAGAUUCAAGUUUCAAUGCAAAACUAGGAGAUUUUGGUCUGGCUAGGUUUGUGGAUCAUGAAUUAGGGUCACAGACUACGGUUUUAGCUGGAACAAUGGGGUAUUUAGCGCCAGAAUGUGUAACUACAGGAAGGGCAAGUAAAGAAUCCGAUGUUUACAGUUUCGGAAACGUUUGUUUGGAAAUUGCGUGUGGAAGAAAACCUGUUGAGCCGAAACUCGAAGAAUCCAAGGUAAGAUUACUACCAUGGGUGUGGGAUCUUUAUGGAACGGGAAAACUUCUCGAUGCAGCUGAUAUGCAACUUAAUAAGAUAUUCAAUGAAGAACAGAUGAAAAGAUUGAUGAUUGUUGGACUAUGGUGUGCUCACCCAGAUUAUAAAGCACGGCCUUCAAUGAAGCAAGCAAUUCAAGUACUAAGUCAAGAAGCAACAUUUCCUAGUUUGCCUGGGAAAAUGCCCGUGCCAAUAUACUAUACACCUGCCAUGAAACUGUCAGAUUUUGCAUAUAAGAGUCAUACUAGCGACACUAGUACUACUACUACAACUGCUGCUUAUACAAGUUCAUCAAGUACUACUAAUUCUUCGAUGGCUUCUUCGACAAAGUCACUUUUAAUGAACACGCAAAAGCUGUAA